CUGGCUGAGGCCUACGCCGCCCUCAUAGGAAACUACACGGCCGCCCUCGCCCAGAGUUUCCUCGCAGACAACUUCACCGACACGUCGGACAGCAUCAACGCCCUCGCAGGCUUCCCCCUUGGGUCUGUGACCUUCUCUUCCAAGCAGGCCUUCAUGGACAGCCAGGCGAGCCAGCCUGGGAUCCCUCUCGUUGUCACCGCCACCAGCGCCGUUGGCUGUGACACGCUCGUCCUCCGCUGGACGCAGACUUUUGGUGCAGACAACCUGCCUGUUGCGGGCAUCAGUGUCUUGUCCUUUGUGUGUGAAGAGGAGGAGGAGGAUGGGGGUCAGUGGAGGCUGAAGACGCUGGAGACUGAAUUCAACAGCCUAGUGUAUUAUCGAGAUAUGGGAGGG